CAUCUCAUGCUCCUGCUGAGGAAAUCGCCCAGCACCUCCCUCUGCCUCGUGCAGGAAGAAGAUGCCCUGUUGCCCGGGGACCCCGCAGCCCUGGGGCGAACUGGAGCCCCCACCACCCCCCUGGGGCGGGGUGGGCCUCCAGUGAGCUGCGCCAGGGGGUCCGCUCCCACGCCCCCAGCGGGCAUCGCCUGGGGGGACGAUGUGAGGAAAUGCGGCUCCUUGAGGAAGCAGAAGCAUGGGCACAAGCGGUACUUCGUGCUGCGGGCGGAGAGUCACCUGGGCCCAGCCCGGCUGGAAUACUAUGACAGCGAGAAGAAGUUCAAGAGCAGCUUGAGAGCGGCGGCGGCAGCAGCCGGAGGGAACGUGGCCCUUUGCUGCCCAUCGCCGAAAAGGGUGAUUCCUCUAUACCAGUGCUUCACAGUCAGCCGGAGGGCAGAUGCCAAGCAUAAACACAUCAUUGCCCUGUAUACCAAGGAUGAGUAUUUCGCGAUGGUUGCCGAGAACGAACCUGAGCAAGAAGGGUGGUACCAGGCUAUUAGUGAGCUCAUGAGCCAAAGCAAGAGAGGGUUCUUGGAGCAGGAAGACCAGGCUGAUCAGCAGCUGGACGAUGAUGACGAGCAUUACGGAGCUGCUCUUCGCCCAGGAACUGUGUUCAAAGAAGUUUGGCAAGUCAACGUGAAGCCUAAGGGCUUGGGGCAGACAAAGAAUUUGACUGGGGUGUACAGAUUAUGCCUCUCCAGCAAGGCCAUUCACCUGAUCAAGCUGAAUACCGAAGUACCCUCUGUCCACCUACAACUAAUGAACAUUCGGCGAUGUGGGCACUCAGAAAACUUUUUUUUCAUUGAAGUGGGCAGAUCUGCCUCCAUUGGACCAGGUGAGCUAUGGAUGCAAGUAGAUGAUUCAGUGGUUGCCCAGAACAUGCAUGAGACUUUUCUAGAGACCAUGAAAGCUCUGAAAGCCUUCUCUGAGUUCAGACCUCGCAGCAAGAGCCAGUCUUCUGGUGGUGGCAGCAGUACUAAUCCUAUUUCCUUCAUAACUACCAGGAGGCAUCUUGGUAAUCUACCACCUAGCCAGACUGGCUUACAAAGAAGGUCCCGAACUGAAAGUGUUACUGGGGGGACUCCUCCCACUACCAAAAGUAGCAGUGCUUAUCGCUUCAGAACUUCUAGUGAAGGGGAGGGGACAAUGACCAGACCAUUUAGAUCAGUUACUGGAAGUCUGAUUCAUUUGAAUACUGCAAGGAUGAAUUUGGGCCGCCAAGAAGGGAGCGGACGAUACGUUAGAGCAGCAUUUAGCUCUUCUUAUCACACUAGGUCUGCCUCUCUACCAGUUUCUCAUUUUCCUUCUACUACUAGUCCCAUCAGUGUUUCUUCAAGUAGUGGGCAUGGAUCAGUUACAGAUAACCUUGUAAGGCCUUCCAGUUCAUCUGUCUGUGGAUCCCCAAGUGAUGGAGGUUUCAUUUCUUCAGAUGAAUAUGGUUCUAGCCCUGGAGACUUUAGGUACUUUCGUGUGAGAAGUAACACACCAGAUUCCUUGGGCAAUACUCCACCAAUCAGAGAAGAAAAUUGUUUAAAUGAAUACAUGUCUAUGAACAAACAGCAAACAGAUAAUAGUUCAAGAGAUGAUUACCGGGAUGCUGAUAAAUGCUUUCGAAAAAGAACAUACUCUUUAACUAAGCCUGCUUCAGUACCAGGGCAACAGAAAACAACCCAAACUGCUUUAGAUGAAGAUUCCUCAGGAAGCCAUGGACGCCUGUCUUGUUCUGAAUCACCAAGAUUCAAAAAUAACCCUGAACCUGAGUACGAGGAAUCAAUUCUUGAUUCUGUAUGUAAUCAAAGCAGGAAUAAAGCCAGAGAUGAUGGGUACAUGCCAAUGAUGCCAGGAGUUGCAUCUUCUCUUGCAAGCAACAGUGACUACUUGCCAAUGACUCCUAAAAGUAUGUCUGUUCCAAAACAGAUUAACAGUUCCUGGUUGUCAUCUCAGGCUGAUUCUAAAGGAUAUAUGAUGAUGUUUCCCCGAGCUAUCUCUUCACCUAUACGUAAUCCUUUAACUGAAUUUAAUUCUAAAACUGGUCAUGAAAAGUCCACAAAUAAUGAGUACAUGGAUAUGUCUCCUGGAAAUUCUGCUGCUCCAAAGCAACCCUGUGAUCCAGAUUAUAUGCAUGCCAACAUUGAUUCCAAAAAUCUUGGCUCAUAUUUCUCUCUCCCACGAAGCUUUAAGACUCUGACUGGGGAACAUGAUGAAUAUGUUCCAAUGUCAUCACCUGGAAAAUUAUUGUAUGUUGGAUCUGAAAAUGGUAAAAAUAUCAGCAGUGAAGUUCUGGCUAAUGGCCUUUCCAGAUCACCCCUUCAGAAAAGUUCAGAAGAAGGCCUUGCACAGAAUAGGGUUACUAGGCCUACGAGACUUCCACUAGCUACUAGAGGUAGUAACACCAUACCAAGAAUGUACGAUCGCACAAUUCCACUUGAGCCAUCCAGCCCUGGUGAAUAUAUAAAUAUUGAUUUUGGUGAAAAAGCAAGUAAUACACCAUAUUCUUUAUCUGCAGAAGGAUCUCCAUCAUCUCUUGGUUCCAGUAGUGACCAUAGGCAGUCCCCGCUUUCUGACUAUAUGAGUGUUGAUCUUGAUGUUCAGUCCCCCAAAGCUGCUAAAGAACUAUCUAACUCUUUGACAGAUAUUUCAAUUUAUGCAAGUUCGAGUAUCCCUAGAAACCUGCCUGAUGCUGAUUAUGCUAGACUCUCAUUUGGUACUGCUUGUGUUAGCACGGCACGUGGUAGGAUUGAUGACUACACCGAGAUGACCUUCAACAUGGCAGCCACACCACCUGGACCAUUUGCCACAGAAAGCAAAAAUGGAUUAAAGAUUGAUAGUCCUCCUUCUAUAGUUAACAGACUGUGCAUUGUUGACCAAUAUGCUAGCAACAGUGACUUCUCUGUUUCUAGUCCUGAUCCUCCUGUAGUACCUAAAGUCAUUCGUGCUGACCCACAAGGAAGGAGGCGGCAUAGCUCUGAAACCUUUUCUUCUGCAACCACUGUUACCACUUCCUCCUCUUUCUUUACUGAUAGUAGUAAAAGGCACAGCUCUGCCUCUUUUGACAAUGUGUGGUUGAAACCUGAAGAACAUAUUUCAGAUGGCCAUGAAGGCAAGAUGUCCAGAGAUACUUCAACUGGAUUUCAGAAUGGCUUAAAUUAUAUAGCUCUAAAUUUACGGGAGAAUUCACUAAACUGUGAGGAGAGCCCUAAUACACCAACUUGCCACCUCCCGAAUGGUACUCUAAAUCUGGAAAGUGGAGUAUAUGUAAGCAUAGAUUUCAGCAGAUCAGAAAGUUUGAAGUGCAACUCCGCAAGGAAAGACUGAUGGCAUUACCAUGGAAACCAUUGUGAGAAGAACAGGCUUUCCAGCUGGUAUCUCCAUAACUGUGUGGUGCUUUUGGAAGCAGAGCCCACCUCCAGCCAACUCUGUUCACUUCCACCAGCACAGACAUGGACAUGCAUCAUUGGAAUGAUAUUUCAUUGAGUGGUGGUUGAGUCUACAGUUGUGCUGAUCCAAAUGAACUUUUAUCAUGGAUGAGUUUGGAUGAAAGAGGUUUCUCUCUCCCCACCCCACUCUCUGGCUCUCUUAGCGUCAUCUGUGAGACAAUAUGAAUGCUUGAGUAGAAAUGAUAACUUUCUGCACUACUUCUACAUCUUCUGCACCAGUUUUUGUUUUGAGAAGUCACAGUAUCAGAGAAGCUUCCUAAUAUGGGUUUGCUUUUCUAGUACUUGAAGUGAUAGCUAAAACAUUUUAUCAUUGGCUUAGAGUUAUUAUUUUUUGGCAAUUAUAAACCCAUUUUGAGAGGAUGGGGAAAACAUGUCAAGGCGACGAUCCUAAGCAAACUUAUUUGUAACUCUCAUUGAAAUCAGUAGAUCAUAGUUUCAGAGCUAGAGGCCUGCAGCUAAUCUUUUGGAUAGCAGAAUUCCAACAGACACACACGCAACACUCCCAGUUCCCAUUAACUAAAAAGUAGACUCUGGGAGAACGCUCUUUCCAUUGCCUGCCUGUUCUUGCAUGUGCCAUAGAGAUGCUCUCGUUUACCUUUCCCUGCCUCCUCUGGAGAAGCUACCACCUCUCUUCUCCCUCCCACCUUGGCAAAGAAGCCCUUUCUCGAUUGUUCCCCGGGUGGCCCCUUGGAAAGCUGGACCGCUGAAGCAAGCUGCAAAGGUAGCUGCAAUUGCUGGAAAGCAGGUGAACUAACUGCCCGUCGGUAGGGGGGAGCAUAUAGCAUGGUUCCUCUUCCUCUUUUCUUCUGCAAAGAGAAUGAGGCAAGCAGAGGUCACAGUCUUGUCCUCAGUUACAAGGGAGUAACCGCCAGUGAAUUUAGUGGUACUUAAAGGCAAACACACAUAGAAUUGGGCUGUAAAUGUACAGUCCUCUCACACACUGGUCCUCCCAGAUUGAUCCCUACCAGGUGAUGGUGAGAUUUCACAGCCACAAAGAGCAAUAUGCUGUAAAGGAGAGAAGUGGUACUCUCUUUUUUUUGUUUGUUUGUUUGUUUAAUUUCACUUUACGGUACAAUAAAUUUAUGAGUCCUAUUUUUUUUUUAAAUAAAACUAUGCCCUCUUAAAUUUAAGAGUGUUCUGAGAAUAUCUGGAAUGUAAAAAUAGAAUUGAAUAAUUGGUUGUAUCUUGAUUAUAGUUAAAGGAUUUUCUUAUGUCCCUGUAUAGUUACUUCUAUGACUUUUAAAUUUUGGAUAAAUGGGGAGUUGAUUUUUUUAUAAGCUGAAAUGGAAAAAUUGCAGACUUUGCAACUGUAUAUUACCCUUGCAUUACGAUGUUAAUGUGCUGUAGAGCUUUUAUAGAGAGAAUCCCUUAAUCUUACACUUUGAUAAAAGAUCCCUUUUAUUUGGAGCCAUUCUUUAUUUUCCCCUAAAGUUAGCAAAAGCGUAACUAAUACAUUAUUAUUAUUAUUAUUAUUAUUAUUAUUAUUAUU